UCAGCGAUAAUGGACACAAAAAGGAGCGAAAUUCAAUCUUAUUACAGAGACAAAACCAUUUUUAUCACCGGCGCUUCCGGCUUUAUGGGCAAGGUCCUAUUGGAAAAGCUGCUGUACUGUUGCUCAGAAAUCGACAAAAUUUACAUCCUUAUACGGAGCAAAAAAGGUCAUAACAUCGAUAUUCGACUCAGCAACAUAUUCGAUUUACCUUUGUUUCAAAGAAUCAAAAUGGAGAAACCUAAUGUCCUUCAAAAAGUGAUACCGUUAAACGGCGACAUAACUUCGGACAAUUUGGGUCUCACUGAAGAGCAGCGAGAACGUCUGAUAAACGAAGUACAUGUGGUAUUUCAUUGCGCUGCAUCUACUCGCUUCGAUUUGAAAUUAAAAGACGCCAUCGAGAUGAACACUAUAAGUACAAAAAGAGUACUGGACUUGGCAAAGCAAAUGAAGCAACUGGAAUGUUUCCUGCACGUAAGCACGACUUUUAGUCACGUCGAACAAGAGGAACUUGCCGAACGUAUAUAUGAUUCCCCUCAUAAUCCCCACGAUGUUAUGAAAAUCGUUCAAUGGCUGGACGAAGAAGCUAUCGAUCUUCUUACACCAAAAUUGAUGCAUCCGCAUCCAAAUAGCUACACGUAUUCGAAGUGUCUUGCUGAAACAUUGGUGGUAAACGAGUAUCCUAAUCUGUCUUGCUGCAUUGUGAGACCAUCACUCGUAUUACCAGCUAUAAAAGAGCCGUUACCAGGUUGGGUGGACAAUCUGAAUAGUCCUAUAGGAUUGCUCGUCGCUGCGGGCAAAGGUGUCGUCAGAUCAAUGCACUGCAAUGACAGUUAUCAUGCUGAAAUUAUACCGGUUGACAUUGCAAUUAAUAAUUUAAUUGUAAUUGCAUACAGAGUCGGUACCAAGCAGGAAAAAUCAAAGAGUAUACCCGUGUUCAACGUAACGCAAGGCAGAAUAACAGAGGCCAAAUUCGGUGAGAUACUUGAAAUGGGUAGGCGUGUUUUUUUCAAAUAUCCUUUUGAAGGACAGAUUUGGUAUCCUGACGGCAAUAUACGUAGCAACAAAUUUGUGCACAAUUUAUUCGUCUUCUUUUUUCACAUUAUACCCGCAUACCUUAUCGACUUCUUGAUGCUGAUAUUCCGACAAAAAAGAUUUAUGGUCAGAAUCCAGAAACGAAUUUCACAUGGGCUCGUAGUACUGGAAUAUUUUACCACGAAGGAAUGGAUAUUUCAUAAUCGUAAGGUAUUAACUAUGUUCGACGAAAUGUUGCCAGAGGACAAAAAAAUGUUUCGCACUUAUGUCGAAGCUAAUACUGACAAAACGGAGUAUUUGAAGACUCUUGUUCUGGGUGCUCGACAAUACUGCAUGAAAGAAGACUUAUCUUCCUUGCCGAGAGCCCGUCGGCAUCAAAAAAUAAUGUAUGUUGUUCAUAUUACAACAGUGUACCUAUUUUAUUUCGGUAUAUCAUAUUAUAUUUACAACAACUUUGAGAUAAUGAAAAUCAGUCUGGAUUACAUCACGGAGAAAUUGAAAUUGCUACCGAUUAUAGGCGGAUUUGUGGAGCAGGCACAUUUAUAAGAACGCAUUCUUUUUAUGUUUACCGCAACAUACAUACAUAAUUUACAAUGCAACUAACAAAAAGCAGAAGGAUAAUCCAUUUGACACUCCUUUUGACUUUAUAAUCCAAUAAUUUGUUUAGAGUUUUUUGAGCUACUUGUAACUUUAUUCCAUAGAACACAUAUUACAGGCUGGAAGGUAAUUUCAAUAUAUUAUCAAUGUAAAUACUUUAUUGUGACUGUUGAUAUUAGAUAUAAUUUUAAAAUAGAGACAAAAACUUGAUUGUGAAAAUUAUAAAAUUGGAUGAUCUAUAUUAGUUCAACCAAAAAGUGAAGGUGUGCUAUUUUAAAAAGAUUACUGACUUUGAUUGGCGAAACAUAUGUGUACAAGUUUAUUUGUAAUUCAAUAAAAUGUAUUACUGCAUUUCAUAUAGUACGCAUAUAUUUAUGAAUAUAUUCACUGCAGUCAUGAUAUACAUACAUAAAAAUGUGUGUUGCUUGCACUGAGAGAAAAAUCCGGUUAAAAUUGAUCGGAAAAUCCAUUCAAAAAGUAACAAACGGAUAUUAUUGAUCUCUUCAAUCGGAAAAAAUAACCGAUGAAGACUGAAAUAACCGAUCAAAAAUAUCCGAUUAGAAAAUAUCCGUUUGUUACUUUUUGAACGAAUAGUCCGAUUAUAUUAUGUCCGAUCAAUAGAUCUAAUCGGAAUCUGAUCGGAAUCUGAUCGGAAUUUUCCCCUUAAAUAUACCAAUUAAUAUUAAUAUUAAUUUGUAUUACUUCUUCUUCU